UGUGUGUUUGAGGUGGUGAAGCUCCAGAAUGAGAGGAGCAGAAGCAGGAGGUGCAGCUGUGAUCAAAAGCAGAGCUGCUGGAGUCUGAAUCAGAAGAUCAGGAGCUGCUGCUGAAGAAAACGAUGUCCUCCUGGUCUGAGUCUUCUCCUUCCCCUACACUGCUCGAAACAUCUACAGAGAUGUCUGGAGGACAUGAUCCACAUGGGGCAUACAUCACAGUUCUGAUACAAGACGAGUUUAAAGUAGAGGAGGUGGAGUUUAGCGUAAGCUCCUGUGCUCAGGAAACCUCUUCCAGCACUCCUCAAAAACAAACUGCUAAAACUACGGGUAACAGAAGAACCUACCCCUGCUCAGAGUGCGGCAAGAGCUUCAGCCAGCUUAGCAACCUACAAACACACCUGCGCUCACAUACAGGUGAGAGGCCGUACCUGUGCUCAGAGUGCGGGAAGGGCUUCACCACACAGAGUCAUCUCCGAGCUCACCAGCGCAUUCACACGGGAGAGAGGCCGUACCAGUGCUCGGAGUGCGGCCGGAGCUUCAACCAGCACAGGAGCUUCAAGGUGCACCAGCGUAUCCACACCGGAGAGAAGCCGUACGACUGCACGGUGUGCAGACGCAGCUUCAGAGAGCGAGCAACCCUCAUUAAACACGAGCGCAUUCACACCGGAGAGAAACCCUAUUCCUGUGGGAUCUGCGGGAUGAGCUUCAACCAGCAGAUUACCUUCCAGGUGCACCAGCGCAUCCACACCGGAGAGAAGCCGUUCGACUGCGCCGUCUGUGGACGCAGCUUCAGAGAGCGAGGAUCCCUCCGGAAGCACGAGCGAGUUCACACCGGAGAGAGACCGUACUUCUGCUCAGAGUGUGGGAAGAGCUUUACUCUGCAGAGCAGUUUCCAGAGACACCAGUGCAGUCACACAGGCGAGGAACUUGUGAUUAACUGAUCCAGCAAAGUGUUAAAAAAAUAUAUACUGCAUUAAAAUAGGCUUAUGUCUCUUGGAUGCAGCAGCAGUAAGCUGGGCAAAGCUUCAUCUUGGCCAGAAGAAGCUUUAGCUUGUGCAAAUGUUGGUCACCUAUAUUGUGAAUUACCCUGAGCCACUUUUCCACUGUAGAGCCGAAUGUUUCUAAGCACAGAUGAUAAAAGUUCUGCUUAAAGACAAUGUAUUAUACCUGUUUUUACACGUUAAAAGUUAAAAUAGGUCUAUGGUCUAUACCAGGGGUCGACAAUUAAGUUUGGCCGCGGGCCAGAUAUUUUCCAAGCCAUUAUAUGACAAGCCACAAUGAAAACAUAUUCUGUUUUGGAAAAUGAAGUGUAAUGGAAUGGAGUGCUACAGACUAGUAGCUCUCCAGCCCAGAGAGUUGUUGAACCCAAUUGCAGAACAGUUGAAUUCAAAGCAGGUAAACCCAAGAAGAAAGGAAACAAAAAAUAAAUAAAUAAACACACUGCUUCUCACACAGGAUCUAACCCGUGCCGUCAGGGUCGCGGUCCAAUACACUACCGCUGCCCCGGCUAGUGAAUUGGGACAUGGCCUGGAAAAAAUGCCUUUAUAAGGAGAUAGGGAUCCCCGACCUCUGGUCUAUAGAAAACACGUUUGUGAAGUUCUUUGCAGUAAAGAUAGAGAUCUCACCAGUUCUAUUCUUGCCAGAAUGAGCCGUUUAAAGGCUCUGUCAUUUUUAUGCAAAUACACUUAUUGGCCAAAACUCAAACAAGCUAGUUUAUGCUCAUCUGCAAUAGAAGCUCCAAACUUAUUAUUUGUAAGUACUUACAUCUUCCUCAUCUGCUGACUUGGCACAGACAGUAGGUAUAGAUGCCUCCCUCAGAUGAAGCAUGUUGCUGGUAAAACCAGCAGAGCAAAAUGUCGUUUCUUCAACUGAUCUAGUGGGUGGGGCUCUGGUGGGGGUUGAUGGGUAAUGCUUAUAGAAGCACAUGACUCCUGACACCAAACUCUUUCAGCUGACUUCCAGUAAAUGGAUGCAUGUAUUUCACGUGCUUGGAGUGUAUAUUUAUAUAUUUGAGAACCAAGUGGAAAUACAUAAGCAUACACAAAGUGUGUUUAAUAACUGAGCUGGGCCCGAUGUCUCAGCGCAGUUAGCUAACCAUACAUGGGGCCAUAGAACUGUUCAUUGGUAAGGCUUAUAGGCUGAGGGAUUACACUUCAGUAGUAAUGUUGCACAAGGCCCCUAGCCAUGCAAACACUUCGCUAGACAUGUGGGACAAGCCUGUUAGCCGGAUUGCUAAUGCUGUGUUAGCGAUGUCAGAUAAGUCUGGUUGCUGUAUUGCUAAAGCUGUAGUGGCUACACUAUAUUUCCAAAAGUAUUCCCUCACUUAUCCAAAUCAUUGAACUCAAGUUCCAAUCAUUUCUAUGUCCAUAUAUGCAUAAAACCAAGAACCUUGCCAUGCAGACUGCUUCUACAAACAUUAGUAAAAGAAGGGCUCGCUUUCAGGACCUCAGUGAACUCCAACUGUGCAAAGUUGUGAAAUUUCCUCACUACCAAAUAUUUCACACCUGUCAGUGAAAAUCUAACACAGUGGAAGUGACAGCAACUCUGUGCUCUGUCAGAGUAAAAUAACAGAUCAGGGUCAGCGGAUGCACAGAGGUUACCUGCUUUCUGCAGAAUCACUACAUCACUACAGAACUGCAAACUUCAUGUGGCCUUCAGAUAAGCAUAAAAAGCUGUAUGGAUAGUUUUGGCAAUAUAGUGUAACAAAGUGCUCAAACAUAUUUGGACAGUGACCAAAUCUUUCCUGAUUUGCACACUGCAUGCCACCACACUGGAUUUUAAAGGGUUUUUAAUGGGUUUAUCUUUUGAGAUAAUUUGUCUGAUUACUUUUGAAAUGAGGAGGUUUUGUGGAAUAAUAAUUGCAAUUUCUAAGCACUUUAAAGGAUAUUUGUGUUUAACCCUUUAAAUUAAACCUGAAAGUCUACAGUUCAAUUACAUCUAUAUUUUAAUAUUUUAAAUCCAGUGUGGUGGCAUGCAGAGCCCAAAUAAUGAAGAUUGUGUCACUGUGCAAAUAUUAGUGGACCUAACUGUAUGUUGAUGAGACCAGUCACUGGCAUGCUAACCCUGUAUGGCCAUUUAUCUAUUUAUUUACUUAUUUACUUACUUACCUUUCUUUUUAUAUACUGUUACAUGGAAUAUCUACGUCCAGUACAGUGAGGCAUACAAGUGGGUCAAAUAUAAAAUUAUGUAUAUGUGCAAUAAUAUGUAAAGAAGUAUAUUUGACUGUUUAUAUUCUUAGAUUCUUGUUGUAAACUUACUAAAACUGCAUUGUGUUUUUUUUAUUGGUUGCCUUGAUCAGCUUAUUAUCAAAUGUCAAAUUUAUGUUUGCUAUAUUUACUGGGUUUUAUGAAACAGCACGGCCUUAGUAACCAUUCGGUUCUGCAGUAGAAAAGAGGCUCAUGUUAAUACAGUAUUAAUACUGUAUUAAUACUUUAUAAUACUUCAUAAUACAGGAAUAUACAGCUAUGGAAAAAUUAAGAGACCACUUCAGUUUCUGAAUCAGUUUCUCUGAUUUUCCUAUUUAUAGUUAUAUGUUUGAGUGAAAUGAACAUGCUCUAAAUGACAAUAUUUUAAUUUGAAAUUGGGGAGAAAUGUUGUCUGUAGUUUAUAGAAUAAAACAACAAUGUUCAUUUUACUCAAAUAUAUAUAACCUAUAAAUAGCAAAAUCAGAGAAACUGAUUCAGAAACUGAAGUGGUCUCUUAUUUUUUUCCAGAGCUGUAUUUUGUAUAUUCCACUCUGCAUGAAUCCCCUUAUAUAAAAAAUAUAUAUAAACAGUAUUAUAAAUUGUAUACUAAUCUUCUUCUUUCACUUCUUGCAUUGUAUAACAACAUUUGCCUCACUUAUUAACACUAACUAGCAAUAAAACUGCUAUCACUAUACCUGCAACACAUGUGUGUGUCCAGUAGAUGGUACUGUUUAAUCAUAUGAUUUUGAUGAUUGAUGUACGGUAACUACAGUGUACUGAAGAGGCCUUUUUUUAUUUCAGAAGCUGGAGUUCAUUUCACCUGUAAACCACAAUACAUUUAUUCAGCUUGCAUUAUAAAUGUGGCUAUGUA